CAGUUCGGAACUACAAGUGCUACGGUGGUGCGCAGCCGCAGUAUGUCCGAUAGGGUCGAAAAGGCGCAUCCUGAAUGAUUCCGGACCCCUGCGUUUGUCGACGGAUACGUAAGGACAUAAACAUUAUCCCGGAAAGAAUUGGGAUUUCAAAAUGGCAGAUCGAGUGAACAACUUUCCUCCCCUGCCUCAGUUUAUGAGAAUAAAGCCAUGCUUCUACCAGAACAUUGAAGAGGAAAUCCCUGCACCGCACCAGCAGUUGGUGCGCAGAGUCUACACGCUAUGGAUGAUGUAUUCAAGCACACUGUGCAUAAAUGUGAUCUCAUGUAUUGCUUGGUGGGCCGGUGGCGGAGGUGCCACCAACUUUGGCUUCUCCCUACUCUGGCUCAUCCUCUUCAGCCCUUGCAGUUACAUCUGCUGGUUCAGACCGCUCUACAAAGCCUUCAGGGCCGAUAGCUCGUUCAACUUCAUGGCCUUCUUCUUCAUCUUCUUCCUUCAGUGUGUUUUGGCCUUGAUCCAGGCUAUAGGCGUCCCUGGCUGGGGAACAUGCGGCUGGAUUGCGACAGUGACGUUUUUCAGCACAAAUCUGGGCUCCGCUAUAGUGAUGCUUAUCACAACUGUGCUCUUCACUCUGGUGACUGCUUUAAUGGCUCUGGUUAUCAUUAAGGUGCACAGAUUUUAUCGUGGCGGCGGCGGUAGUUUGGAGCGCGCUCAGGAAGAGUGGAGCACCGGGUUGUGGAAGAGUGCACCUGUAAGAGAAGCAGGGUUCAACGCUGUUGCUCAGACGGCCCAAGGGCCGAGCCUGCCCCAGUACCCUGCCGCAGUGCCGAGCUAUCCCGACAACAGUCACUGGUGAUAGCUGCGAGUCGCCUCUAGAUGGAGACAGAUAAAUGGCCAUUUCUGUGGUGGGAAUGAAAGCACUUCAAAGCACCACAAACAUUUCACAUUAACAUGACAAAAUGCAGACGUAUUUUUUUGAAUGAGAAGACAGGAUUUGCUAUAAAAAGUCUUAUGAGUUUUCUCACCAAAGCUCAUUAAAGCCUGACCCUUGUAGUGGAGGCUUAUCUUCAAAAUAUACUAUUCCAUUUCAACUUUGUUUACAUAUAGUUUAUUAAAAUGAAUGAGAAGGAAAUAUAAUUUUAUGCUCAAAAGAAAUUUGCUGAGGAAAGUGUACAAUCUUGCAUAUAUGCAGUUGGAAACUCCAAAAAGAGAGUGAAUUGUUUCAGAAUAGCAGUAUGUGAGGGACGUGUGCCUUAUGGACCUUUUAUGAUAGCAUUGUUUUAUGUAGUGCCAGACUCUGCAUGCUAGAAGUCAUAGUAUGCUGUAGAAUGGGGCUUUUCUUUCUUUUGCAACAAGACUGUCUGCAAACUGCACGAUUUUUUUUAUCUGUGUAUUGCGUGUAUUCUGGCAGGAGUUCAGUUUAUUUUUGAUACGUUGUGCUUUAUAUCUCCAUGCUUGCCUGCUUUGGCUGUGAUUUCUUGAAAUUUGCCUUAAUAUUGCGUGCAGAUUUAGCAUGUGAACAAUAUCUUGCUUGACUUUCGCCUUAACAAGUGCUGCUUUUUUUCUCUCUUUUUUUUUUGUUAAACUGGACUUAUGCUUCAGUGAAGCAACGUGUGGAACCAUUUCAAAAAGUUGUCGGUGCGUCAUCCCCCUCUAUGAUUUCUAACUGAGCACUGAUGUGCCAAAACACUUGCCUUUUCCAUUAUUUUGAAACUGAACAAAAGCCACGCCCAAAGUAGAUGUUGUUUUGCACUCAGUAUUUCUCUGUUUCUGUAGCUCUAAAGCUACACUGUUUGCUUUUAGUGGUCAGUGCCCUGCCGUGAAAGCACCUUAUCAGCUGUUGUCAAUGUUCCAGUCACUUUCACUUCACCAGAUAGACUGAAUUUUUGUGUUUAGUGACUGCGGUGUGCUUGCAUGAAGAAUAUCACGGGUGUGGGGACUGAACAGUAGUCUCUUUUUUU